GGCGACUCACCGCCAGGUCUGUCUAAAGAGAUCGCCAGCGCUCUGUCUCACGUCCCCGGUUUCGAGAUGGAUCCCUUCUCACUGGACGACCAGCUCAGGAUGGACCCUCUGGCUCUGGACAUGCUGGACGGCGACCUGAUGCUCGCCGACCCGGCCGUGGAGGACUCCUUCAGAUCCGACCGGCUAAAGUGACCCCGCACGACCCUCUGCUCCAGGAGCUCGGUGGGAAUUGGCGAAGAGACGGCCACCCGGACGGAGGCGGAGAGAACCGGGAUCAGCGCCGCUCCGCCGCCCACUCACCACUCUCCCAACCAGACGGUCUGCAGAGCGAGGUUUGGAAGGAACUCGGGGACCUCCAAGAGUUUUGAUGUGAAGAGAAGGACCUGAGACUUCUGUCGGAGGUCGGAACGAACUGAAGGAGGCGGGGAGUUUUUCCGUCGAAGGCACUUAACUGAAAACGCUCUCGCAAUGCUUGAAGUCAAGAAAAAACCAAGAUGCUUCUCUUUUUAGGCAUUAGCUUGUACGAGUCUUAUCUGCAUGUUAAUGAAAAAUGCACUCGCGUAAAUGCAAACACGCAGGAAUAAACCGCUCACGUGACGCCGGCUUUAUGUAAGAAACCGUGUGUAAAAAAACAAACAAACCAGCAAACGCUUGGAAGAUCUUGAGCAGCAUUAUGCAUCCCGGUAUGUGUGGACCCUCGCUGAGCUCUCUGACUGUUCUCUGCUCCACCCAGCUGCCACGGCGGCCAUCACUCCACAACAAACACACGGUGUGAUCGGUUUGGAUUGUUUUACCCCAAACUGUCGUUAAGUUCGCUCGCAAAAA